AUGUGCCAUGGAAUGGUACCACCAAAGAGCAACACAGGAUCGUCUCUUGCCUUGACUAGUCAUGGGUUAUUUCUUCUGCUAGUUACCUUUGGUACCUUCAUCUUGGAAGCACAGGCCACAGGUUGGCUCGGCAAAUCUGAAGGACCUACAUAUUGUCCCCAGCCACCACAGCCUGAGAAUGGAGGCUACAAAUGUCACCCGAGCCCCUGCAACAACCCCCUGACCUCGGGCAGCGUCAUAGAGUACCUGUGCGUCGAGGGCUACAUGCUGAAAGGGGACUACAAGUACCUGACCUGCAAGAAUGGGGAGUGGAACCCAGCCAUGGAAGUCAGCUGCAGGCUCAGCCCGGAAAAGGACUCUCCUCCAGCAAUUGGGGUGCCCACGCUGUCCAUAGUAGCCUCCACAGCAAGCUCCGUCGCCCUCAUCCUGCUCCUGGUGGUGCUGUUUGUUCUGCUGCAGCCAAAGCUGAAGUCGUUCCAUCACAGCAGGCGAGACCAAGGCGUGUCUGGAGAUCAGGUCUCCAUCGUGGUGGAUGGUGUCCAGGUGGCCUUGCCGUCCUACGAGGAAGCCGUGUACGGCAGCACGGGGAACUGCCUGCCCCCCUCGGACUCCCGGGUGCAGAUCGUGCUGGCAGAGGGAGCUGGGCAGAGCGGGGCCAGGGACAUGCAGCAGCAGCACCAAGGGGCUGGCGGUAGCUUUGAAAGGGAAGAUGAAGCCCCCGGACACUCUGGACUGUGUGAAGCCAGCGGCUCUCAGCGCUCUGAAACUGUUCUUGUGCAUCAGGCCGCCACCUCGUCCUGGGUAGCUGGCAUGGCCAGCAGUAGACCCGCACACAAAGAGGUCCCAGAUUCAGAAAGCAGUGACAUACAGAGCCUUCUAUCCCUCACUUCCUCGGAGGAAUACACAGAUGAUAUUCCCUUACUGAAGGAAGCAUGAGGCCUGCUGUGUUUGCCUAGCCUUCUCCCUCUUGGAUUUCUCGCUCCCCCUCUCGCCCUGCCUUCGGGCCAGAAGCACUCUGUGCAGCCUUCCCCGUCCUCGCAAGCUGUGCCCUGGAUACCUCCAAGCAGAGACGCCCUCAGCUGAAGAUCCAAAGGAAGUCGCCAGGUUGCCUCCUGGAUGCACCAGUGGAGUUGGUGCAGUGCUGGUUUCCCCGUUCCAUCGGCAUCAGGGGCUCAAGGAACCGAGUGGAUUUGAGCUCUCCUCCUCCCCCCAGCCAGACGUCUGACAGCAGUCUCUGAAGAGCUGCUCUCUUCUCGUGCCUUUCUCCUCCUCACACCGGCUUGUUGCAGCUUAUCAGCCUCCCUAGCCCUUCUGCUGCCCAGAGAGCAGGGGCCAAAACCUCUUGCUCACUGGGUGCAGGCACAGUUU